AUGGCGGCGACGGCAACGGCGACGGCUGCUUCCACCACCUCUUGGCAGCCACAAGAAGGUGGUGUGAAAGAGAUCUGCGCGUUAUUGGAGCUCCAGAUUUCACCUUCUUCAACUGCUGAUAAGUCCCAGAUUUGGCAGCAGCUGGAACAUUACUCCCAGCACCCCGAUUUCAACAACUACCUCGCUUUCAUUCUCGCUCGCGCCGAGGGUACACCAGUGGAAAUUCGACAAGCUGCGGGUCUACUACUGAAGAACAACCUCAGAAAGGCUUACAAGUCCAUGAAUCCUGAAAGUCAACAAUACAUUAGGUCAGGGUUGCUCCCAUGCUUAGGAGCACCUGAUAAGCAUAUAAGGUCAACUGUUGGGACAAUCAUUACUGAAAUAGUGCAGCUUGGGGGAAUACUGGGAUGGCCGGAAUUACUACAGGCUCUUGUUACUUGCAUGGAGAGUAAUGACUUGAAUCACAUGGAAGGUGCGAUGGAUGCCUUGUCUAAGAUUUGUGAAGAUGCUCCUCAGCUACUGGAUGCUGAUGUGCCUGGCUUACCUGAUCGUCCCAUCCAGAUUUUCCUUCCUCGAUUGUACCAGUUUUUCCAGUCACCACAUACCUCUUUGAGAAAAUUGGCCCUGGGUUCCGUAAAUCAAUACAUUAUGUUGAUGCCAGCUGCUCUAUAUGCAUCCAUGCACCAGUAUCUCCAGGGCUUGUUUGUUCUUGCUCAUGACCCUGCUCCGGAAGUUCGAAAAUUGGUUUGUGCAGCUUUUGUUCAGCUGAUUGAGGUCCGCCCGUCAUUCCUCGAGCCACAUUUAAAGCAAGUCAUGGAGUACAUAUUGCAAGUCAACAAGGAUGCUGAUGAAGAAGUGGCUCUUGAAGCUUGUGAAUUUUGGUCUGCAUAUUGUGAUACUCAGUUGUCAUCUGAGAACUUAAGAGAAUUCUUGCCACGUUUGAUUCCGGUUUUGUUAUCAAACAUGGUUUAUGCUGAUGAUGAUGAGUCUCUUGCGGAAGCGGAGGAGGAUGAUUCUCUUCCAGACAGGGAGCAGGAUCUAAAACCCCGCUUUCAUGCAUCAAGACUUCAUGGAUCAGAAGAUGCAGAAGAUGAUGAUGAUGACAUAGUCAAUGUGUGGAAUCUAAGGAAAUGUAGUGCCGCUGCUCUAGAUGUUCUGUCAAAUGUGUUUGGUGAUGAAAUUCUCCCAACAAUGAUGCCUGUUGUUCAGUCUAAGUUAGCUGCGACUGGUGACGAAUUUUGGAAGGAAAGAGAGGCAGCUGUUUUGGCUAUCGGUGCAGUGGCUGAGGGUUGCAUUAAUGGUCUUUAUCCUCAUUUGCCUCAGAUGGUGGAAUUUCUGAUCCCUCUUCUGGAUGAUAAUUUCCCCCUCAUACGGAGUAUAUCUUGCUGGACACUCUCUAGAUUCAGCAAAUACAUUGUCCAGGAGAGUGGCCAUAAGAAAGGCUAUGAACAAUUUGACAAGGUUCUUAUGGGUAUUCUGCGGAGAGUGUUGGAUAAUAACAAGAGGGUCCAAGAGGCUGCUUGUUCAGCUUUUGCUACACUUGAAGAGGAGGCUGCUGAGGAAUUGGCCCCACGCUUGGAAGUCAUUCUGCAGCACCUCAUGUGUGCUUUUGGAAAAUAUCAGAGAAGAAACCUCAGGAUUGUGUAUGAUGCUAUAGGAACUCUGGCAGAUGCUGUUGGAGCAGAGCUCAAUCAGCCAAAGUACCUUGAAAUUUUGAUGCCUCCAUUAAUUGCGAAGUGGCAGCAACUCUCAAAUACAGACAAAGAUCUAUUCCCUCUGUUAGAAUGCUUCACAUCCAUAGCACAGGCACUAAGUACAGGAUUCGCUCAGUUUGCCCAACCUGUGUUCCAAAGGUGCAUAGAGAUAAUUCACACCCAACAGUUGGCAAAGGUUGAUCCAUCUUCUGCUGGGGCUCUUUAUGAUAAGGAGUUCAUUGUCUGCUCGCUGGAUCUUCUGUCAGGACUUUCCGAAGGGCUUGGUAGUGGAAUUGAGAGUUUGGUAGCACAAAGUAGUUUGAGAGACCUGCUCCUUCAGUGCUGUAUGGAUGAUGCUUCUGAUGUUAGACAAAGUGCCUUUGCUCUUCUUGGAGACCUUUCAAGAGUAUGUGCUGUUCAUUUGCAUCCUCGUUUACCAGAGUUCCUAGAUGUUGCAGCUAAACAGUUGAAUACUCCUAACCUGAAGGAAACUCUUUCGGUAGCUAAUAAUGCUUGUUGGGCUAUUGGAGAGUUAGCUGUUAAGAUUCAAAAGGAUGUCUCCCCUGUUGUUGUCAAUGUCAUCUCGUACCUGGUGCCAAUUCUACAACACUCUGAGGAGCUAAACAAAUCACUUGUAGAAAAUACUGCAAUCACCCUUGGAAGACUUGCUUGGGUUUGUCCUGAGUUAGUGUCCCCCCACAUGGAGCAUUUUAUGCAACCUUGGUGCAUUGCUCUGUCUAUGAUACGUGAUGAUAUUGAGAAGGAAGAUGCCUUCCGGGGUCUAUGUGCAAUGGUCAGAGCUAACCCAUCAGGAGCUCUAAGUUCACUUGUCUUAAUGUGCAAAGCAAUUGCAAGUUGGCAUGAAAUAAGAAGUGAAGAUCUACACAAUGAAGUUUGCCAAGUGUUGCAUGGUUACAAACAGAUGCUUAGGAAUGGAGCAUGGGACCAAUAUAUGUCUGCUUUGGAGCCCCCAGUAAAGGAGAAACUAUCCAAGUACCAAGUAUAG